UCACGCCUUUUUCAUGUUCUAUAUAUACUUGGUCACUGGUGCGUUUCUACGCACAGCGACACGAUGAGCGCCUGGGCGUCACGGUGCGCUCUCUUGACCUCGCUCUGCCUCUUUCUGCUUUUAAACUGUUCGGGCACAGUGGCGACUUUUGAGGUGACACUGCUUCACACCAACGACAACCAUGCACGGAUCGAGGAGACCAGCGAGGACGCGGGGAAGUGUACAGCCGGUGCUCCUUGCUUCGCUGGGGUCGCCAGGAGGUUCACUAAAGUGUCGGAGAUCCGGAAAAGGGAGAAGAAUGUGUUGCUCUUGGAUGCUGGAGACCAGUUUCAAGGAACUAUCUGGUUCAACUACUAUAAGGGCGCCGAAGCAGCGCACUUCAUGAACAAACUUGGUUAUGAUGUUAUGGCUUUUGGAAACCAUGAGUUUGACAAUGGAGUGGAGGGUCUGAUCCAGCCCUUCCUCCAGAAAGUAAAUUUCUCUGUGGUGAGUGCCAACAUACAACCUGACAAGACUCUGGCUGCAAAACUCAGUGGCUACUACCAACCCUACACAGUCAUAAAUGUGGGUUCAGAGAAAGUGGCUGUGGUCGGCUACACCACUGCAGAGACCCCCUUCUUAUCCAUGCCAGGACAACACUUAAAGUUUGAGGAUGAGGUGGAAGCACUUCAGCUUCAGGUCGAUAAGCUGGAAACCUUAGGCUAUAAUAAGAUCAUCGCCCUGGGCCACUCUGGCUUUGACGUGGAUCGAGACAUCGCCAAGCGUGUGAGAGGGGUUGACGUCGUUAUUGGAGGACACACCAACACAUUCCUCUAUACGGGAAAUCACCCAUCCACUGAAGUGCCAGCAGGCCCGUACCCUUUUAUGGUGAGGUCUAACGAUGGGAGAAAUGUGCCGGUGGUCCAGGCCUUUGCCUUUGGGAAGUACCUUGGACACUUGAAAGUUACCUUUGAUGAGGCUGGGAAUGUGAAAAAAGCUGUUGGAAACCCCAUCCUAAUGGACAGCAGCAUACGUCAAGACCCAGAUAUCCUUGCUGACAUUGAGGAGUGGAAGAAAGACUUGGCUCAGUACUCCUCACAGUAUGUCGGACAAACCUUAGUCUACCUCAAUGGGACAUUUGAAGAGUGUCGAUUUCGGGAGUGUAACCUUGGAAACCUGAUCUGUGAUGCUAUGAUUUAUCACAAUAUAAAGUAUUCAAGUGAGCUGCAGUGGAACCACGUGGGCAUAUGUAUGCUGAAUAGUGGGGCAAUACGGACAGCUAUAAACGAGCGUUACAAAAAUGGUUCCAUAACUAUGGAGGAGAUCCUCACCGUCUUACCAUUUGGAGGAACCUUUGACUUGGUUCAAAUAAAGGGAUCAACUGUGAAAAAGGCAUUUGAACAUUCCGUUCACAGUUAUGGAAACAAGUCUGGAGAAUUUCUUCAAGUGUCAGGCAUUCACAUCGAGUAUGACCUCUCCAAACCAGUGAACCAGCGUGUAGUGUCUGUGUCCAUGCUCUGCACUGCGUGCCGUGUGCCCAAGUAUGAACCGUUAGACCUGGAGAAGACGUACACUGUGGUCAUGCCUUCAUACAUGGUGGGCGGAGGUGAUAACUUUACCAUGAUCAAGGAGGAGUUACUGAAGCAUAACACAGGUGAUAUGGACGUUUCUGUUUUUUCCAAAUACAUCUCGGACAUGAAGCGUGUGUACCCUGCAGUGGAAGGCCGGAUCACGUUCAGGAACUCAGCUGUUUUUACAGCCCACAGCCUUGGUUUGUUGCUGCUGGGUUUAUGUCUGUCCCUGAUCCUCUGAUUGGCUUUGCACACUCUGGGAAACUGUGAUAAACUGAAGGGCAAGUUUGGCUGCUUGGAAACUCCUCUGGGACUUGGUUAACUGCCUCUCAUCUCGCUGGCUUCAAGGAUAACUAGAAGACAACAGGAUUGCAGGUUCAGCCUCAGGGUAGAUUCAAUAUCCAGGCAGUAUUUCCAGGAACUUAUUUUUUUUUACCAGGAACUUAAUUUUACCCCCACCCCCAAAAAAACACGAGUUCUGUAUAAUACGAUUUUACACACAAGUGUGCAAGAUGAACAAUGUAAAUAUGAAAACAGUAAAUAUGUUUUGGAUAUCACCAAUAUUAUUGACUUAAAAGUACAUGUAAGUUGUUUUUAGUAUUUAGUAUUUUUUCUUGUGAAUCUGAAGGAACAGAAGUAGUGCCAUGUUAUGAAUCCGAGACAAUGCUUCACUAUAUGGUAUGAAAGAGUCCAAAGACAGUGUCCAACUUCUUAGUGAGAUGAUGAACAGAGGGAAAGCUGUCUGGCUGUAUCUCUGCCUUCCCUCACUGAAUAAAACAACAAGCCCAAGCUUUAAAGUAUUUAUGCACCUGAAUGUGCCUAAACGUACUGUUUGAUCUAUUGCAGUUUUAUAGAUUGUCUUCCACCUUAAACUUUCAUUUGACUCAUUCAGAUAAAGAACAGAGUACUGUGACUGUUCAUCUAACCUCAUUUUUUAUAAAGAAUUAUAUUACCCUAUCUAUUUGAGUGUAAUUUUAGUUGCCACAGUUGAUGUUGAUGCUGCCUCUCCCUUGCCCCUCCCCCGCUUAGACUACGUGUGCUGUAUAGUAGGAUUUUUUCCACUCUCUUUCAAAAAAAUGACAGUAACAAUUAAAUAAACAUUUUAACUCUA